AUGUUAAAAAUCAUCCUACCUACAAUCAUAUUCUUACCUACAGCCCUCCUAUCCCCCCAAAAAUUUUUAUGAACAAACACCACCACACACAGUCUCCUAAUUGCCACCCUCAGUCUACAAUGGACUACUCCAACCUAUCACCCACACAAAAACCUAACCCAGUGAACUGGCAUUGACCAAAUCUCAUCUCCCCUACUAGUCCUAUCCUGCUGACUACUACCACUUAUAAUCAUAGCAAGCCAAAACCACCUCCAACACGAACCACCAGUACGAAAACGAAUAUUUAUCAUAACCCUAAUCAUAAUCCAACCAUUCAUUAUCCUCGCAUUCUCAGCCACAGAACUAAUAUUAUUUUACAUCUCAUUCGAAGCAACCCUAAUCCCAACCCUGAUUCUAAUCACACGAUGAGGAAACCAACCAGAACGCCUAAGUGCUGGCAUCUACUUACUAUUUUACACCCUCAUCAGCUUCUUACCGCUACUAAUCACAGUCCUCCACCUACAUACACAAAUUGGCACACUACAACUAACAAUACUAGAACUAACCCACCCCACACUCACCAACUCAUGAUCAAACCUCCUAUCAGGCCUAGCCCUACUAACCGCAUUUAUAGUAAAAGCACCUCUAUAUGGCCUCCACUUAUGACUCCCAAAAGCCCACGUAGAGGCUCCAAUCGCAGGCUCCAUACUACUUGCUGCCCUCCUCCUAAAACUAGGAGGAUAUGGCAUCAUACGUAUCACCCUCCUGACAGGCCCCCUCCCAGAACACCUACACUACCCAUUCCUUACCCUAGCACUAUGAGGGGCACUAAUAACUAGCUCCAUUUGCUUACGCCAAACUGAUCUAAAAGCACUCAUUGCCUACUCCUCUGUAAGCCACAUGGGCCUAGUUAUUGCUGCAAGCACAAUUCAAACCCACUGAUCAUUCUCAGGGGCAAUAAUCCUAAUAAUCUCCCACGGCCUAACUUCUUCAAUACUAUUCUGUCUAGCCAACACUAACUACGAACGUACACACAGCCGAAUCCUCCUCCUAACACGAGGCCUCCAACCUCUCUUACCCCUCAUAGCCACUUGAUGAUUGCUAGCAAACCUAACCAACAUGGCCCUCCCACCAACAACCAACCUAAUAGCAGAAUUAACCAUCAUAAUCGCCCUAUUCAACUGAUCUUCUUUUACAAUCAUCCUAACCGGGAUCGCAAUCCUACUAACCGCCUCAUACACCCUAUUUAUACUACUAAUAACUCAACGAGGUACACUCCCAACUCACAUUACAUCCAUUCAAAAUUCAAACACACGAGAACAUCUUCUAAUAGCCCUCCACAUUCUCCCUAUACUACUCCUUAUCCUAAAACCAGAACUCAUCUCCAGA